CCAAAAGGCUCAGAUGAAACGAACCGCCUCUUGCACAGGGACUUGGCUGGCACAGGCCUGAAGGGGAGCCAAGCUCUUCCUGCCCCCCCCCCGAAAUACGGUUGGGGCUCCACAGACCAGUGGACGGGUGAUUUAAGGAGCCAGGUCCUCAGCUGCAGGCUGGCUGCCCAGCUUGCCCAGAGCCACCUUAAAUGACGCUGGCCGCCUUCUGGUUGGUGUCCAAUGGGGACCUCCUGACUCCCCUUGAAAGAGGCAAGCAGUGGGGUGUAGAUGUGGGAGCUGAAGAUCCCAUCUUUGGCCAAACAGACUCCUCUUGGCUCGGGACACAUCCAUUUCUUCAAAAAUUUUCUCCCAUUUUUUCACCUGCUUUUUCCUUUUCUGACAUUCCAAGAUGUUGCUAGUUCUCACACUUUGGCAAGCUCUUUCCCAAGCUCUGGCUGCAAGUGGGGGUUCCCACUGGACAUACAAAGGCUCCCACGGGCAGGUGCACUGGCCAGAGACCUACCCAGACUGCGGCCGGCAGGCUCAGUCGCCCCUUGAUAUCCAGACAAGCUUGGUCCAGUAUGACCCCUCCCUGCCCCCCAUUGAGCCAGAGGGGUACCGAAACCCCGGGAGCAGCUUGUUGACCCUGACCAACAAUGGGCACACAGUGCAGCUCUCCCUCCCUGAGGACCUGCGCUUGCACGGCCUGCCCAGCAUCUACUCGGCGGUGCAGCUGCACUUUCACUGGGGCAGCAGCAAGGGCCAUGCCGGAGGGUCCGAGCACCGCGUGGAUGGCCGGGCCUUCCCGGCAGAGCUUCACGUGGUCCACUUCAACUCAGAGAAGUAUGCCAACCUGAGCGUGGCCAAACGCCAACCAGAUGGGCUUGCAGUGCUGGGCAUUUUCCUGGAGGUUGACAGUGUGGAGAAUCCUGCCUACAAUCCCAUCCUGGACCAUCUGGAUAACAUCAUACAUGCAGAGCAAGAAGUCACAGUUGCACCCUUCAGUGUGCGAGAGCUGCUCCCGGCGCAUCUGGGUCACUACUACCGCUACAAUGGCUCACUGACAACCCCGCCUUGCUAUCAGAGUGUCCUGUGGACCAUCUUCCACCAGCCAGCCUGCAUCUCUGCCGCUCAGCUGGAGAAGCUGCAGAAAUCACUUUAUUCUACAAAAGGUGGGAAGACACCCUCAGAACUGCUGGUUAGUAACUUCCGGGCCCCACAGUUCUUGAACCAACGUGUGGUCUUCUCCUCAUUCCCUGUGGGGCCAUCUGGAUAUUCUUCAGGUGUGACUCACCUCUUGUUAGUCGUUAAAGGGGGUCAGGUGGGACUUGCACAGCCAGGUAGCAGAGCUGCAGUGAUGGUGGAGGAAAGGAACGUGAAAAUCCAGCACAAAGCCUGGGGGAAUGGAGGGAUGCUGGAGCCCUGCCCUGGGGCCAGAGGAGGACUGACUGGGGUGGGGGUGGGGGCACGCUAAAGGGUUUGGCACGGGCCACUUGGUGGGGGGAGGGCAAGCGGCUUCUGUCCUUUAGAGCUUCCAAUAAUUAUGUAAAGAAAAUGGGACAUGAGCCAGCAGAGCCUGGCAGACCUUCCAGAGUUCUACACCACCUUCUAGUAAACUAGUUUUUUUUAACCAAUGAGCUUCCUGGCUCACAACUCAGUUGGUUCACUGAACUAGUCCUCAAAGAGGAAGCACAUUCCUUCAUUCAAUUUAGAAUAUAUCCAUCUCCCCCACCCCAUCACUUCUGUAAUUGCUCUGACACCUUCCUCCUUUUAUUUCCAGGUGAAAUCAUUGCCAUAAUUGCUGCAGUGCUCUUGGGCUGCCUCGGUGUCUUCCUCGCAGGCUGGAUUUUGGCAAAGAGAACACGGUGAGAUGCAGGUGAAUGUGGGAGGCCAACCCGUUCCUUGCCUAAUCCCACUGCAGUGCCAAAAAGAGGGAAGCUCCCACGCAUUUUGUUCAGGAGGGGCAAGGAAUUCGAGCAAUCCCUCCCCCACUAGCAAUGCUGCCAUAUGGGUUACCGAGAACGUAAAAAACUAGGAAGAAUUUCACUGGAAAAAGAACACAAUAGAUAUUAAACUUUCUGCUGCUCCAUCCUGA